AUGGCAUUAAGCCACGCAAAAUAUUUAGUAAUGACAAAUGCGGAUAUACUUCCGAUAAUUAUAUCCAACCUCGAUCAGAGUUCUUUACUUUCUAGCGCACUAGUAUCACGUUUAUUCAACGAAAUUUCUACCCAAUUUCUUUAUUCACGAGUUGAGUUAAAAAACGUUAAAGGCGUUGACACUUUCCUUGGCACGUUAAAUCGUACCAAACACCGUAUUUUAUACAACACGAUUCAUACAAAGGAAUUUCUCGUGAAUAACAUACAAAGCAUUACGAUGGAUAGUCCAAAUUUAGCAUACAUGUCAGGAGAAAAGUUAAGCAAAAUCAUUAAAGAAUGUGAAAAAGUGAGGGAGGUCGUGAUCGGGAAGUGCACUUUGAGUAAAAGUAUUAUUAAUUCAAUUGCACAAUUGGAAAAGUUGAGUAUAUUGAAAUUUAACAAAUGUUCCGUUAAUGAUACUAAUAUACUCAACCCUUUGAUUUCCGAGUCGAGUGAUAUUUCCGAUGGGAAAAGUUCGGAAUCGAAUCACAUCAUCACCAAUAUCAAUACAAAUACCAAUAAAAGAUAUUUUGGAAAGAAUUUAAGAAAUAUCAUUACAACGAAAUUAUUAAACAAAAGAAGACAACCUUUUAUCACGAUUAAACCUAAUAAAGUUGAUAAUGAAAUCUCAUCAAUUCCGGAUCCUAUUUACAAGUCCAACUUAACCAAUUUAACACAUUUAACGAUCGAUAUACAACCGUCAUGUUCAUCUCGGUUCUUAAUCUCGUUGGCGUGUCAAAAUAAAAGUUUAAGAUCCUUGGAUUUGCAAUUUCAAGGGUUAGACGAUUCGUUACUUACGAUUACACAAAAUUCCCUUAACCUUCAAUAUUUAAAAAUUACUGAAUGUAAAAAUUUGUCCGAACAGACCAUUUUACAAUUAAUUCAAGAUAAUUUUUCCACUCCCAAUACCAAAGAUCGAUGUAGGCUAAAGGAAUUAUUAAUAGAUUACGGUCCUUUCUCGGAGAAAUUCUUACUUUCAUUAUCAAAUUUAUGCAAGACACAACGUAAAAUUUCAGUAAUCAAACCUCCAGCGAAUUAUCAUGGUUAUGACUUAAAACUUUAUGAUGAUUCGUUAGAGAUAUCUAUCGAUCACAGCGAAGACAUUGGGAACGUUUUAUUAAAAUUCUAUUUAAACAUUGGUACAUCAGCAGUAGAAGAACACGUGGGCAAGAGCAACACCAUCAACAAUGCGAUGGAAGAAUUGUUGUUGGAUGGAAUCCAAGUUUCUCCAAACAGCUUAAAUAUUAUUUGUCAACACCUUGUCCUUAAAUCAUUAAAGUUACAAAACAUACCAAUAACGUUUAGUCGAUUAACAAAACACGAUAUUAUAAAUAGCAUUAAAUUAUCAACUAAUUUAUAUGAAUUAUUUGUUACCGAAACGUUACAAAGUGAUGAUACUAACAAGAAUUAUAGUUUGAAAUCAUUGAAUUAUAGUGAUUUUAAUGAAUUGGCUAAAAAUUGUCCAAAUUUAAAGAGAAUUUAUUGGAAUCAUAAAUUAUUCGUUGAUAAAUUUACGAUACAUUCUAAAUUUGUACAAUUUAUUGAUAUUUAA